CUUAAGUCUUCACCGUUUAUCUAGAGUCUCUAUCUGUCUAGGGUUAAAAAAAACAGAGGAUUUCAUAAAACCCCCAAAUCACACCAGACCUUCAAUUUACACAUCUACAACACACACACACACACCCAGAGGAAGCUCACGCUUUAGAGCAAUUUUUGAGAAAGGUAUUUUCGUCCUCGAAACGAAGCUAUGCCUCGUCGUAGAGACGAAGACGACGAGGAGCUCGAUGCGGAUGAUGAGGAAUACGAUGACCAGGAGCAACAGUUGAUGGACGAGGAAGAAGAGGAGGAGGAAGAAGAUAGGGGAGGUUCCAGUAGGAAGAGGCGGAGAUCAGAUUUUAUAGACGACGUUGCUGAGGAGGACGAUGAUGAAGAAGAAGAGGAUGAUGAUGAUGAGUAUGGUGGUGGAGGUGGCAGGAGGAAGGCGGCAAAGAGGAGGUCGGGGACUCAGUUCUUUGACCUUGAAGCUGAGGUCGAUAGCGAUGAAGAAGAGGAAGAGGACGAGGAUGCUGAGGAUGAUUUUAUAGUUGAUAAUGGAGCUGAUCUCCCCGAGGAAGAUGAUAAUAGAAGGGUUCAUCAUAGGCCACUGCUCCCUAGGGAGGAUGACCAAGAAGAUGUUGAAGCUCUUGAGAGAAGCAUUCAAGCGAGGUAUGCUAGGUCAAGCCACACAGAAUAUGAUGAAGAGACUACAGAUGUUGAGCAACAAGCUCUUCUGCCAUCUGUUCGGGAUCCAAAGUUAUGGAUGGUGAAAUGUGCGAUUGGCCGUGAACGAGAAACAGCUGUUUGCCUAAUGCAGAAGUAUAUUGAUAAAGGAUCCGAGUUGCAAAUCAGGUCUGCUAUUGCUCUUGAUCAUCUCAAAAACUAUAUUUAUAUUGAAGCAGACAAGGAAGCCCAUGUGAGAGAGGCUUGUAAAGGUCUGCGCAAUAUAUAUGCCCAGAAAAUAAUGCUUGUCCCAAUCAAAGAAAUGACUGAUGUUCUUUCAGUUGAAAGUAAAGCAAUAGAUCUUUCAAGGGAUACUUGGGUCAGAAUGAAGAUUGGGACCUACAAAGGGGAUCUUGCCAAAGUAGUAGAUGUAGACAAUGUGCGGCAGAGAGUUACAGUGAAGUUAAUUCCAAGAAUUGACUUGCAGGCUCUUGCAAAGAAACUGGAGGGCGGAGAGGUUGUAAAAAAGAAGGCGUUUGUCCCCCCACCACGUUUUAUGAAUGUUGAUGAAGCUAGAGAACUGCACAUUCGGGUAGAGCGAAGAAGAGAUCCUAUGACUGGUGAUUAUUUUGAGAACAUUGGUGGCAUGUUGUUUAAAGAUGGGUUCAUGUAUAAAACGGUUUCAAUGAAAUCGAUUAGUGCUCAGAACAUUAAACCGAGUUUUGAUGAACUUGAGAAGUUCCGAACACCUGGAGAGAAUGGAGAUGGUGAUAUGGUCAGUUUGUCAACCUUAUUUGCAAAUAGAAAGAAGGGCCACUUUGUGAAGGGUGAUGCAGUUAUUGUUGUCAAGGGAGAUUUGAAAAACCUUAAGGGAUGGGUUGAGAAAGUUGAUGAAGAAAAUGUUCACAUCAAACCUGAAAUGAAGGACCUUCCAAGAACUAUUGCAGUGAAUGAAAAGGAGCUGUGCAAGUAUUUUGAACCGGGUAAUCAUGUGAAGGUUGUAUCUGGUACCCAGGAAGGUGCAACUGGUAUGGUUGUUAAGGUGGAGCAACACGUGGUUAUCAUUCUUUCUGAUACAACUAAGGAACAUAUUCGUGUUUUUGCGGAUGAUAUUGUAGAAAGCUCUGAGGUUACUACUGGUGUUACUAAAAUUGGAGACUAUGAGCUCCAUGAUCUUGUGCUACUGGAUAAUAUGAGCUUUGGGGUAAUUAUACGUGUAGAAAGUGAAGCUUUUCAGGUUCUUAAGGGAGUUCCAGAAAGACCUGAGGUUGCUCUUGUUAGAUUGAGAGAGAUCAAAUGCAAGAUAGAAAAGAAAUUUAAUGUCCAAGAUCGAUACAAGAACACUAUAGCAGCAAAGGAUGUUGUUAGAAUCAUCGAUGGUCCUUGCAAAGGGAAACAAGGUCCUGUAGAGCACAUAUACAGAGGAGUGUUGUUCAUCUAUGAUCGCCAUCAUCUUGAGCAUGCUGGAUUUAUCUGUGUUAAAUCUCAUUCUUGUGUUGUUGUGGGAGGAACUCGAGCCAAUGGUGAUAGAAAUGGCGAUUCCUAUUCAAGAUUUAGUAGUUUCAAACCUCCCCCUCGUGUACCUCCAUCACCAAGGAGAUUUCAAAGAGGAGGUCCUCCAUUUGAGUCUGGAGGAAGGAAUAGAGGUGGAAGAGGAGGGCACGAUGCGCUGGUUGGUACCACUGUGAAGAUACGCCAGGGUCCUUUCAAAGGCUAUCGUGGGCGGGUUGUAGAAAUUAAAGGCCAAUCUGUUCGAGUUGAGUUGGAAUCUCAAAUGAAAGUUAUUUUAGUUGAUCGCAAUAAUAUUUCUGACAAUGUAGUUGUAUCCACCCCAUACCGCGAUUCAUCUCGGUAUGGUAUGGGAAGUGAAACUCCCAUGCAUCCUUCUCGGACUCCACUUCACCCGUAUAUGACUCCUAUGAGAGAUGCCGGAGCAACACCUAUUCAUGAUGGCAUGAGGACACCUAUGCGUGACCCAGCAUGGAAUCCUUACACACCAAUGAGUCCUCCUAGGGACAAUUGGGAAGAUGCGAAUCCUGCUUCUUGGGGAGCCAGUCCACAGUAUCAGCCUGGAAGUCCUCCUUCUCGGGCAUAUGAAGCUCCUACUCCUGGUUCAGGCUGGGCUAGCACUCCUAGUGGUAGUUAUAGUGAAGCUGGAACGCCAAGGGAUAGCAGUUCUGGCUAUGCAAAUGCGCCAAGCCCAUAUUUGCCAUCUACUCCUGGGGGGCAGCCUAUGACUCCUAGCUCUGCAGCCUACCUGCCUGGAACUCCUGGGGGACAGCCGAUGACACCCGGAACCGGUCUUGAUGUCAUGUCUCCUGUUAUAGGAGGGGACAAUGAAGGCCCGUGGUUCAUGCCAGAUAUAUUGGUUAAUGUACUAAAGGCUGCAGAUGAGUCUUUUGUUGGUGUUAUCAGGGAGGUGCUUCCGGAUGGAUCCUGUAGGGUAAUCCUGGGGGCAAAUGGCAAUGGGGAAACAAUCACGGCACUUCCAAGUGAAAUUGAGAUAGUGGUACCGAGGAAAUCAGAUAAGAUCAAGAUCAUGGGUGGUGCACAUCGUGGUGCCACUGGUAAGUUAAUUGGUGUGGAUGGCACUGAUGGAAUUGUAAAAGUAGAUGACACUCUUGACGUUAAGAUAUUAGACAUGGUUAUACUGGCAAAACUCGCACAACCAUGAUUGUUAUAAUAAUAAAUGAAUGAAAUUAUAUCUGUUCAUCGAGGAUUU